AUGGAAGGCUUUUGCUCGACCGGGACAAUUGACGAUUCUUCUGCUUGGGUGCGAAAAAUCUCCUCACGCGCUCGCGAUGGGCGAGUUCGCGACGCUCAGCUCCUCUUUGAGCAAAUGCCCGCUCCCAAUCUUCUUGCCUGGAACACCAUUCUUUCCGCCAUGGCCUCUAGCAGGAAUUCCAGCAGCGCCAAGGUCAUAUUUCUCAGGAUGCCGCAGCGCAGUAUUGUGUCGUGGAACGCUAUGCUAGCGGCCCAUGUCCAGGCCGGGGAGUUCCAUCAGGCCUUUGAUUUCUUCCGCCAGAUGCCCGAGUGGGAUCUGGUAUCUUGGAACUCGCUUCUGGCUGCAUUUUGCAAGAACAGUAGCUUGAGCCAAGUUAGAGAUUUCUUCCAAAACAUGCCAGAAAGAGAUCUUGUGUCAAUGACAACUGUUCUAAAGGCACUUGCCGAAAAGGGGCAUUUGUUCUUAUCUAGGGACAUGUUCUUUGCAAUGCCAGAGUGGACGCUCGUUACGUGGAAUGUAAUCCUAAACGCCCAUGCCGCUUACGGCCGCAUUGAAGAAGCAAAAGAAUUGUUCGAAUCAAUGCCUGAGGUUGAUGUCGUGUCAUGGAACACGCUUCUUACUGCAUAUGCCCAAAAGGGAUAUCUAGAAUUUGUUUGCAAGAUUUUCCGUGAGAUGCCGUUCCAUAGCCUUGUUUCUCUCAAUACAAUGCUGGCCGCUCUUGUCCAGGGAGAGAGAUCUGAGGGGACUAGAGAAUUUUUUGAGUCAAUGCCAGGAAAGAGCUUAGUUUCGAUCACUAUGAUGCUCAGCCAUGAGAAGGAUCUUGGGCGAUCGAAGCGGUUGUUUGAUUCGUCACCUCAGCAUGACUUAGCCUCCGCUGCUGCAAUGAUCAGUGCGUGCUCGAUCCAUCAAAACCUGGAGCUGGCAAAGCUCGUGUUUGAUCAAACUCCACACAAGAGCCUUUUGCUCUUCAAUACAUUGCUUUCCACUUACUCACAUAAUGGCUACAUUGAUCAAGCAAGAAAAACUUUUGACACAAUGCCAGAGUGGAACAUUUCUUCUUUUAAUUGUAUGCUCUCUGGAUAUGCCCAGAAUGGCUACUGGGAGGAGGCCUUUCAUUUGUUCAACGGAAGUCCCGAAAGAGAUCUUGUCACUUGUAAUGUAAUGCUUUUUGUUUAUUCCAGAAUAUUUCAAGUUGAGCACUGUAAGAAUUAUUUUAAUCAAAUGCUAGAUAAAGAUGUAGUUUCUUGGAACACGCUUCUUGCAACAUAUGCCCAAGCCGGACAGUUUGAUAAUGUUUUGUAUAGUUUUGGUUCUUUAUGCCUGACUGAGGAGCCAGAUGAAAUAUGCUUCAGCAUAAUUUUUCUUGCCUCUAGCCAUGCUGGAAAAUUGUUUCAAGGGAGAGCUAGAUUUCUGUCUAUGAGUUUUGACUUCGGCAUUCAACCCACAAGCCAACAUUACUGUUGUGCAAUUGAUUUGCUGGGUCGAUCUAGCCAUCUUGUCAUGGCUAAAGAUUUAAUUACCAACAUGCCUUUUAUUCCCCAGGCUUUAGAAUGGAGGUGUUUCCUUGGAGCAUCUUGUUUUAGAGAGAGCUUUAAAUAA